UUCUCCUUGAGUUUAGUUCCUGGUUUCCUCAUUCCUUGAACAGUUGCUUCUGAAGGGACAUAAGAUUAGAUUAUCCUCGGCCACGGGCCACUUUAAUAUCUUAUUUUCCACUGAAUCAGGCUGCACAGUGGUAGACAGUGUGUGCAGCUAAUUGCAGAACAACCUGCUCAGUGUUACUGGAACAAUGUACCAUCAUCUACUGGAGAUAAGGAGAUAAUGUAGAGUAUAUCGGGACAAAUAUAAUGAAUGUGAACAAUACCUGCAACCUAACCAUGCUAAUAUCAGAGAAUGUACGAGUGAGGACUGUUCCCAGCUGCACACUGCAGACUUUUCAGUCAAGCUGCUUGAAGUUAAUCAAGAUCACGUCAUACUGACCUAAUGACAUCUGAACUCUUCUUCUCUUACAGAAUAUAAAGCCCCUUUUCCACUGGUCAAAACCCACCAGCACCCGGCUAACAUUGGGCUUCUGUCUGCUGUGGGAAUGGAUGGGAAAUGACUCUGCAUUAGACACAGGCUCUAGCUCCGAUCAGCAGGAAUGGAAACAUGAUAGCCAGGAUGCAACACUGACAGGGGAGCAAGGUGAGAGAGCUUCUCCGUGUCCGGGGUGUGUGUGACGUGGAAUAAGACUGACCAGGGAAAAAGGAACAGAAAGACAUACUCCUCCACUGACAAUGGGAAAGCGGUCAUUUGCCUUCUUUUGGGUGUACAAGGUUUCGUGGGGUGUGAUGGCGUCGUGCUCCGAGGCCUGUGUCUCGCGAGGAGACUCCUCUGGGAGUGAGACGGUUUCUAGCUGUCUUCAGUUUGGGGUUCGUUCCUAUCUGCACCACUUCUACGAGGGAUGCUCAUCCUCCAUGUGGGAGAGAGACCCUGAGGAGCGGGGGUUCGUCCAGAGCCAGAGGAACUCAGCAGUCUGGAAGGUGUCCUUGGCCCUGGGCCUCCUGAUCCUGACUGCAGGCAUCGCCAGCCUGUCGGUCGGCUCCUUCACUCCCCAUAAAAUCGAGUCGUUCGGAGAGGGGGACCUGCUCUUCGUCGACACCCAAGCCAUUAGCUUCAACAGGGGGCUGCACCUCAGUGCCGCGGCCGGGAUCGGGCUCUCCUGCCUCGGCGCGGCCCUGCUGGCGAUGGGGGUUGUCGUUUGGAUCCUGGCCAGGACCAACUUGAAAGAGAGGCUGUUCCACAGACCGGGGGAGGGGGACAGGAGAGGAGAGCUGCGGUCCAAGUGGAGGGGAUUUCGGGAUCCGGGGGAUGUGGUCACUAAGCCGCCAGGUAUCGAAGAGGGGAAGCUACCUGUCACACUGUCCAAAGUGGAAAAUGUGCAGCCCACUUCUUAAAAAGAUCCCUGCCGAGCAACAUGGCUCCAGGCUGUUGUUGUAGUCCUCAUUUACAAGGUCUUAUGCUGGUUUGUUUUUCAUCUAUUUUGAAGGUAAAAUAUGUAAUUUUAUAACACGAAUGGAGGUCGUUUGGAUACCUGGAAAUAAGCCUCAGACAAGAUGUAGAUAAAAUACUUCAAAAAAACUGACAAGCUUCAAAAGCACAGCUUGAUCAGAGAUUUUUUAUUGUCGAAACAAACCCAAAUUAAAACAUAUGAAUGAGGCACCACGACUUCAACUGGAGACCGUGUGGCUCUUUUGUAUUGUAGCUGUUGACUUAGUGCAGUGCAGUGCAAUAGUCUUGUAUUUAAAGAGAGUACUGUACAGUGACUAAUGUCCGCCCAGACACUGAGAGAGAGCAGUGUACUAAUGACUAAUGGUAGAAAACUCUAUUUUUACCCCUUGAUAAUGUUUUUUGUAUUUCAAUUUUUCUCAACGGCAAGCAGCUUUACAAGUGGUUAGACAUAUGACAUCAUUCAGAAAUCCAAACCUACACCUCCAUUCACAUACAUACAGAAUAUACACAUAGGGAUCACAGGUGCUCACAUGCAGGAGUGGUUUACAGAUAAAAACAGUUCUACAUCUACAUUUUCACACGUCUACACCGAAGUGGUGAAAGCAUGUACAGUCACACACCCACACACACAAAUCCGUGCUUCAUUGACAGAAUCACCUAUUUCUCUCCACUGUAAUCUAGCUCCCUAAUUGCCUGCAAUCUGUGUCUCCAGGCAACAGUUGGGCCUCAAGUGCUCUAUUUUCACCUCCGAACAAAGACUCCUUUCUGAUUGGUCGCUCGUGUUCCCUCUUGUCCUUUUCACUCCAAUCAGAUUUUUUGUUUACAGUCAGACACUGUAGUGGUGAGGCACUGAGGUGAGCGAAAGAUGCACCGGCACCUCAGAGGACACCUGUUAAAUUGGCUCCUCUGGUUUAUUUAAAUUAGUUUGAUUUUGAAAAACAAUUACAAUAGACAUUAUAACCACGAUGCCCUGCACUGAUUCUCACUGGAUGUUAUUAUUGGUGUUUCAUUGUUUUAUUAUGUUAUUGGCCAUGAUGAAUACAACGGAGUCAAAUGAGGGUCAAGUGUCACUGGUGCAAAUGAAAUGACCAGAAUAAAUUUGUGAUCUGCAAACUGAACUCUUACAACUGUGCUUCCAUUUGAUUAACUUAUCUUAUUUCAACCAGGAGAGACCUAUAAUUAAACAAAUGAAAGUGAGCAAAUCAGAAUAUGAUUGAAGUAGAACUCCAUGAAAGCAGUCCGAUGAAUUAGGUGCUGCGAAUAUGGAGGAGUCUUCCCCCCGGAGCAGAGACACUAAUGGUGGCGAUGAAGAAUGGAGCCCGAAGUUGGGACGUCUCAUGAAGGGCUUCUGAUUGGUUGGAAGGUAAAAGGGAGAUGACCUGGUAGCAAGUGUUAUGGCCCAGGACACCCACUGAUCAAGGCAAGCAUGCCAGGCUGUGAUUGGAGGAAAAAUUAGCUGGUGGCGCGAUAGUGUUAACUGUACAUGUGACGGCACACGUAAGAAGACAGUCUUUCUGACUGAGUUUUCACCUAGCCUUGUAUUUCCAACCUGCAGUAAGUCAUAUUUUGGACAUUUUCAAAGUGAUACUUAGGGCACAAACUUCGUAUUCAAACCUCAUAGACCAAAAGUGAAGGAAUCGAGGGAAAUAAAUAAUAGAAUUUAUAUUUAGAUAUGUUUAAUGAAAGAAAUGACAAGUAUAUAAUUAUGAUAGAUUUUCUGUGUUUAAGACUGCGAACAUGUGGGGGUCAGCUUAGGAGACUCAGAUGUGUAUUUGCUUGGAGACCUCUGUGCCCUCUGUUGAAACAAAAGGUUUUCACAGCAGGGGUCAAUCCAGCAGAAGACAGGAGUCUGAGAAACGGGGUCCUCAUUCAGAUUGAAGGUGACCAAAUGUAAGCCUGAUUACAACAAAGCAGAAAGCUGAUUGGAUGAACAUUCUGCCUCUCUGUGAGGAGGGGUCUGACUUGUAUAAAUGCAAUGUGAUUUCAUUGUUCAGGGCGCUUGCUCGAAUCUUUCAGUGGUACAAGCAAGUUGCCCUCAG